GACUCUACAGAUGCUUCCACGUCGGAGGGAGAAGAAGUGAAAGAGGCAGGAUGCUUCUGCUGUCGUCACCUCUUUAAGCGCCAAGCUCGCGUCUACAAAGGGGAGGAAGAGUCGGAGGACCAUUGCGGAGGGGGCGAUGACAUGUCAAGGAGGCAAUGGAUUGGCUUGUUCCUGGCGCUUUCGACCAUCGUCGGCUUCCUCAUCACAGAGUCGUCCAGCUCCCUUACACGGAGGCAGCACAGGACUCUGGGCGUACUCAUCUUUGCCGCGAUCAUGUGGAUCUCAGAGGCCAUUCCCAUACCACUCACAGGUAUCAUCGUGGGGCCGCUCCUCUUUCUGCUGGACGUCUGUCGCCUCGGCACUUCCCUCUCCGCUUACUUCAGCAACGUGACGCUGGUACUUUUCGGAAGCUCUUUCAUCUCCAUCGCCAUGGAGCGACAUGGCCUCGACGCGCGCUUCGCAAAGGCCAUCACGACCUGCUCCUGGGUGGAGUCGAAGCCUACGAGGAUGCGAACGGCCAUGAUGUUGGCUGGCUGU